CAUUCGAUCUACACUAUCCUUGUCUGACAGAAACUCCAGUCCUAGUUCGUCUCUUCGUUGCCGCAUCUGCGAUGAUGUUUGUAUACCUACAAAACUCCUUUGGUGUCUUGGUGAUUCAAAUAUUACGAUGAGUAGUCGUGUGUGCGUUCGAUUGAGAUCUUGACCAACUUCGAGGUUCUUUUCCUUGGCAGUGAGUACAUUAUUCAAGAUGACCACUGAUCAAAGACAUGAAAGAAAUGACUUUGAUGAGAGCAACGAAGAUUGUUAUAUAUACCUGUACGUUGUACCAAGCUUGCAAGAAAUAGCGUCUCAUGAAAUAGUUCGAGAAAUAUGGCACAGAAAUCUAUCAACAUAUCCUCCUAUCAAAGGUGAAGAAACGAAUGUCAUCCCUUGUAAUAAAUUCCUUGAGUACUGUGACGAAUAUGUAUGCCAACAGCAGUCAAAAGAAAUGAUAACGCAUUUGAAAGUUCCUCAUCGUGUUGAAGAAAAGCUCAAAAAUUCCCUUAGAAAGUUUUGUGAAGAGAUUACACGUUGGGUUGCGCAUCUUCUGCGAAUAGUAUUUCGCCAUAAAUGUCUGAGGAAAAGUCACGAAAUUCGGGGCAUUGAUCCAAAAUGGUGCAUUUGGUCAAUUUAUGGUAAAAUCGACUAUGAAAAAAGCGCGAGGAAAAUUCUGGAGAUUGGCAGUUUAACUGAUUUGCAUAAAUUUCUCAUCAUGUGUGAAUUUUACAUGGAAGAUGAGAUCAAAAAGUUUUCGUUGAAUCUGCUGCCAUCUGAAUUCAUCGAGAAAGUAAAAUUUUCCACUAACCGUUCUUGUUUUUAUUGGAUUUGUUUUCUAAAAAAUGAACUUUGGAGAAUGCCAGUUCAAAAUCCCCUUUUUGCAUAUCUCGAAUAUUUAGACGAUUUUGACCUUUUUGAGCAUAUGUCCAAGUAUUAUAGAAUAAAAAUACAUCCUGAUUGUAGGUACAGCAAUAAAUUUUUCUGGUAUCGCUUAAGUAAAGAUGAUCAAGUAAGAAUAGCUAAUGCUUGGAUUUGUUAUAGAGAUUGCAAGGACUUCGCUUUUUUAGAACAAAUCCUUUCGGAAAUGUCAUGGUAUCAACAACAAUGUUUGUUGUCUGAAUUGUCUGAAAGGCCUUUCAUAAUCAUUGCUCGUUUUGCCAUGCGGCAUCGUGCGCCGCAAAUGGCACUCUGGAUAUGGAAACACUUCAAAAAUGAGAUGGCUGUAGAACAAUUUGCCAGGUUAUUUUGUGAUUUGAUAUGCAAUGGAACGUCGAUGUUUACGUUGCUUGAGAUUUGGGAGACUGCUUCUGAUCAUCAGAAAGAUUAUUUCAUUUCAAACAUGUCUGAAGAGUUCAUUUCUAGCUACAGUCAAAGUCAAAUGUUUGUGCCGAGUAGGCUGAUGACUGAAAUUUUUAGAAUUAAAAGAAACAUGGUGUUGAAAAAAACGACUCAAGACGUUAUGCCAUGGCACGAUCGUUAUUUGCUGAACAACAUUCUGGAUAAUUGUUCACCAUGCUCUAAUGACCAAUUAACAUCGAUAAAAUUAUUUAUCGAUUCUUUCAGAUUUAUAACACAUUUACAAAAUAUAUUUUCCCAUCGAAAUUUUCAAAUGUUUGAGGACGAAUUGAAAGCUUACUUUUUGCACGAUGUUGAUGCUGCCCGUGCAUACAAACGAUUGUUCUUGGAGCAAGUAUCUCCAAAAUUGAUUGGUCAGUUACGCUUAAUUACGAAUGUAAAUUUGUGGAACGAAUUUAGUAACUAUAUUGAGGAUGUUUUCGAAAAUGAUGUAGCAGCAGCAUUGAAAGUGAAACGAAGAUUCCUAUCCCACAUGGCUUACUUCUCUCUUAAUUCACAAUGUUACUUUGAUCUCCGUCGUGGUUUUGAUGAUCUAGAGAAAAUUGUUGAAUCUGUGUUUGAAAGUAGCAACCUGAGACACGUGAGAUAUGAUUUUUCUAGUUUUUUCAGUACUAAUAUAAAGUCGACACGUUCCUUUGUGUAUUUCGAUAAAAAGUUCGGAUCAAAGUUUAGGCAGUGGUGUUUGGCGGUCUUUGAUGAUUCACUUUGGCCUGUUCGUGAUUUAAAUACUGAGUUUUUGAGCCAUGGUUACGAUGAGAGUACUUCGGGUGAGGAUGAAGAGGAUAUGAGUUGGAGCGAAAAUUAAGACAACAGGAUUUUGGAUGAAGACGCAGAUGGUAUGUAGUAAUUUGAAUGAAAGUGUAAAUAUAAGUUAAGGUGAUUUUGACAAAUGAAGAGACAGAAUUUUUAGUAAAGAUGAAAAGUGACUGGACUGCAGAUAUCAACAUACUUCAUUUUAUUAAAUACCUACUACCUAUAGGUAUGGUGGUAAUAAUAAGUACCUAUAUGCUUCGUAAAUGGAUCACCAUACCUGACAUAAAAAUAAUUUAUAUUUCACCAACCAAAACCCAAAAAAAUUGUUACUGUUUAUGCAAGUCCCGUACUAGGUAAUUAACUGACUAAUGUAAGCGUAAUUAAUGAUUUUUAUGAAAUAAAUGUUCUUAACUGGA